AUGCUCCUCUUCAAACUCGCGGCUUUAGCUGCGCUGGUGUCUGCCCGCAGGAUCAUGGACACCCUCAUCACCGUCCCAAGAGGAUGGAAAGAGAUACGCAAAGCAAGCCCUGAUGAGCCUAUUUUUCUCCGGAUCGCUCUUAAACAGCCUCGCAGCGCUGCCUUAGACCAGGCCGUUCUGGACAUCUCGACGCCUGGUCACCCCAACUACGGCAUGCAUAUGACCCGCAAACAACUAAGAGCUUACACCGCGCCCUCUGAGGCUUCCGUCGCUGCUGCCAUGGAGUGGCUUGCUAGCCAUGGCAUCAAGGCCUCCGUGGACCAUGACUGGAUCUCCUUUACCACCACUGUUUCAACUGCGAAUCGUUUACUCGACACCCAAUUUUCUUGGUACCAGCCCAUUGCCGGCGGACUUCCUCAGCUUCGGACCCUUUCGUACAGUGUCCCCGACCACGUUGGUGUCCAUAUUGACCUAAUCCAGCCGACCACCCGCUUCGGUUAUCCUGGGACCCGGAAGUCCGCCAUCUUGAAAGCAUACCCCAUUGAAGCCUUUCCCCAUCCUCCGAGUUCGAACAGUCAUCUUGGAGAGAAGUUGCCGAACGAAUGUAUCGGCUACAUCUCUCCCACCUGCCUGAAAGAGAUGUACAAUGUCCACUACAGGCCUAAUAUGGACAGUGGCUAUGACAACUCGUCCAUCACCAAGGUGGCUUUUGCCUCCUUUCUGCAUCAGUACGCCAGGUACAGUGACCUCAAGCUUUUCGAGCACGCUUAUAUCACCAAAUCUUCCUCUAUUGGUAACCACACUUUCUCUGUUGAACUUAUCAACGGUGGCUUGAAUGACCAGGAGAGCCCAAUGAACAGCAUGGAGGCAAACCUCGAUGCACAAUAUCUCAUGGCUCUGAGCUAUCCGCUCCCAAUGAUCGAGUACAGCACUGGCGGGCUCGGUCCCCUUGUUCCCACGCCUAAUCAGCCUGAAGUCCCGGGAAGCAAUGAGCCAUAUCUGGAGUGGCUGCUCUACCUUUUGAACAAGUCGGAUUUAGCUCUUCCGCAGACAAUUUCGGUCUCAUACGGAGAAGAGGAACAGUCUGUUCCACGCGAGUAUGCUCUCAAAGUGUGCUCGCUAUUCCGGGACCUAGGUGCUCGGGGUGUCAGUGUCCUUUUCGCCUCUGGCGACUCGGGCCCGGGAGACGCAUGCACGGAUAUCAACGGCAAUAGCACAUUCUUCGAACCUACUUUUCCCGGGGCCUGCCCGUGGGUGACAUCUGUUGGCGGCACUGUUGGAGGGACCGGGCCAGGGGAUGAGGAAAAGGCCGCCGGCUUCUCGUCUGGUGGGUUCAGCACGAUAUAUGAGCAGCCACCAUGGCAACGGGAGGUUGUUCAGAAGUAUCUCGCCUCUCUGGGCAAAAAUCAUUCAUACCUCGGUUACUUCAACAGAACUGGACGCGCAUUCCCAGAUAUUUCCGCACAAUCACAGAGGUUCGUCAUUUACGACAAGGGCGUUGCAACACUGGUUGCAGGAACCAGCGCCUCAACGCCCGUAGUUGCCGGGAUGGUUGGAUUGCUGAAUGCUGCGCGGAAAGCCCGGGGGAAACCGCCACUAGGGUUUUUGAAUCCUUGGCUGUACAACGUCUCUGUAACCAUGGACGCGUUCAUGGACAUUAAGUCAGGAUAUGGCAUCGGUUGUCGGGGGAAGAGGGAGUUUGGCUACUGGGGAGCACAGUGGAACGCCACUGAGGGCUGGGAUCCAGUGACAGGGCUGGGAACGCCGCUGUUUGAUAAGUUGUUGGAGGCUGCUGCGCCUGGGACGAAGAAUGCCUGA